UUGUCGUUGCACACAGCAGAAAGCGAAACCACUGUUUACAAAAACAAAGUUGAUGACAGUUAAGUUACUAAAAUCAAAGCUAGAUCGCUGCUUACCGUUUGCACGACAGAGCAAGAUUGAGUAUAAAUGGAUGUGUUGCCUGUGACCUUAUAAGAGGGGUCAUAAGAGACGGUCAUGAUGGCGGAGGAGGCUAGUAAGCUUCCACUCCGGCGCCUGGAGCCCCCCAUUCUGAAAUUCAUUAAAGUGGCCAUCCCUACUGACCUGGAGAGACUGCACCAGCACCAACACAACAUAGAAAAGUUUCAGAGAAGCAGACAAUGGGAAAAACUGCACCAAGAGCACAUCAACUCAAGCCGCACUGUCCAGCAGUUGCGAUCUAACCUGCGAGAGAUGGAGAAAUUGUGUGGGCGGGUCCGCAGCGCUGAUGCCGAAGCUCUGGAGACGCUUGUUCAGCCAAUCAGAGAUCGAGCCUCCACUGCCAUUCAAGAGUUCCUACAGAUGCAUGCGGAUGCUGUCAAUAGGCCUUCCUUUCACGAAACUAUCGGCACAGACUUUCACGAAACUAUCACCACUGACUCGGAUAAAUUGCACAGUUAUGGUGAAACAGGUGUCACUGGUUCCUCUGUCACUCAAACACAGCUACUGCUGCCUGAAAUCCCUUCAGAACAGAACGCCGCUGAGUCCUGGGACACUUUAGCUGAGGACCUGCUGGAAUUAGAUGGUUUAGUGCAAGAGUUCUCCACUAUUGUUCAUGCUCAGCAGGAGAAGAUUGACAGCAUUGAGGCGAAUGUUAGCAUAGCAGCUGCUAAUGUGGAGGAGGGGACCCAGAGCCUAGGGAAGGCGGCCCGUUUGAAGCUGGCGGUUUUGCCCGUGGCGGGUGCGGUGGUAGGGGGAGUGCUAGGGGGCCCGCUGGGACUCUUAGCAGGAUUUAAAGUGGCGGGGGUCGCUGCUGCAGUGGGGGGUGGACUGCUUGGUUUCGCCGGGGGCAAUAUUAUCCAACGAAAGAGGAAAGAAAAAAUCGACCUGCAGCUACAACAACUUAAGAGCAACAACAACAGUAAGAACGACACUCAGUGACACACUCAAGCACAUUUGUUUUUGUUGAGGAGGCCACGAGACGGCGGAGUUGCCGACCCACGCUCGUUCUGAAAUAACAUCCAGACGCUCAACGAACAUACAUAAUAACCACAACUGCAGAAUAACUCCUACAUGCAGUGCGAAACCUGCACAUGAGAUGUGCUACACCAAGUGGACCUGAUAAUUUUCCGUUUGCCUUAAUUAAUCAUUAAUUUCAAUGCCAAAGCAAAUAAGGUCACCAAACAGCUGAUUGACCCUUGUAGCAGUCGUGUGACUGUAGGUGUUGGAGAUUAUAGGUAAUAGGGGAUUGUUGUGUAAGGGUUUGUUAUUUGACUUUUGUACUGCAAGACAUACUGUUUUACAUACUGAGGAUUUACAGUCAGUGACAUGGUCCUGUUUAUUACAGUUAUGAAGGUUUUGUGCUUAAUGUUACCAUUCACUACACAAUUCCAUUAUAAACACUUAAAAUGCACCUGCUCUGUUUUAGCUACGAUGGAUUUCCUUUUUAAUUUUGUUUAGCGUGUUAUGAGUAGAUAUAAAUGGAACAUCGAUGGUAUGUGGAGUAUUUUAUAAGGUUUGUAUGCAUCACAACAGUCUUGGUAUGGGUAUGAGAAUCGAGGCAAUGCACAGUAGUGAGAAACUCAGUACACUAUAAUAAAUAAUAGUAACACAUCAUCAUUAUCAAUGAGAAAUUCUGAAAUUAAAAUGAAUGUCUAGUUUCAAUCAAUACUUGUUUUGCCUUAACUAAUAGAUAAUAAUGUCUCAGGCUGCUUAAAAUAAAUAAAUUGUGAUGACACUUAAUAAGCCAUUGUAAUGGAUUAUUACAAGUUAGAUGAUUGUUUAAAUAUAAUACAGACAGAGGAGAUCGUUAUAGCAAAGUAACUGUACAUAUUUACAAGAUAAGUUCAAUUACAACUGCUCAUUGAGGAAGCUGUAACAGUGGAAAUACAAUUGAAAUGUUUUUAAUGUAUAAUUUUUUAUGGCAAUUUUUUUUCAUCAUUUACUUCCCUCAAGUUGUUCA